AUGAUCUUCACCCCUUUCACUGGAAAGGAUAAUCAUGGUAGUCCUGUGACAUUUGCAGCCGGAUUGGUGUGCAGCGAGAAAACGGGGGCUUUUGCUUGGUUGUUCAUACAUUUUGUAGAUUGGAUGGGUGUAGCACCCAGGAUGAUUGUGACCGAUCAAGAUUUGGGUAUGAGAUCAGCGAUUGAAGAGGUCCUAGUUGGCACACGUCACCGUUGGUGUAUGUGGCAUAUAAUGCAUAAGCUGGCUGUCAAGGUACCAAACAGAUUGUUGCGGGAUGAAGAUUUCAAAAAGGAAUUUAACGCUUGUGUUUGGUCGGACCUAGUUGAGCCGGACGAAUUCGAGGAGGAGUGGAAUAGAUUGGUCGAACAUCAUCAGCUAGAGGACAUCGACUGGUUCAACACAUUGUAUGCGUAUAGGAAGUACUGGAUACCGGCGUAUUUCAGAGAUUUUCCUAUGGGAUCGAUGAUUAGGACUACGUCCAUAUCUGAAUCAGAGAACAGUUUUUACAAAAAUUUUCUGAAGCCCCGAGCUAACAUAGCCGAAUUCUACUUGAAUUUCAACCACGCCAUAGAAUUCCAGCGGAACAGUAGAACAGCUUUGGACUACCACGAUGCCACUGCCAUACCCAUACUAGCAACUAAUCUGCCGUUCGAGAAACAUGCUUCCACAUUGUUUACCGAUAGUAUGUUCAAGAAAAUACAACAAGAAAUUGUAGAGGGUAAUGACAGAUGUCGUGUGCUGGGUUUUAUGUCCGGAGAAACGGUUGACACAUACAAGCUUGGCGAUAGCAAGCGUAAUGCAUACUUCGUUCGUCAUGACAAGACUGAUGAUACUUACUCGUGCGAAUGCAAACUAUUUGGUCGGCAUGGUUAUUUGUGCAGCCAUAUAUUUUUCUUGUUUCAGAACAAUGAGGUGAAAAAAAUCCCGGAUAAAUACUGUGACAACCGAUGGAUGAAGACUCCCUUAGCCAAGGCUGUACAUGGGGAGUUGCAGGAUCCCGUGCAUACCCAUUCCUCCUCUGACGAUAGGCAAACUAUGUCUAAGCAGGCUAGGGCUGGCAAUUUUUGA